AUGGCAUUGAGCUCCCUAGGCUUCGACUUCUGGUUACGCUUGCGCUUCCUCCGUUUCUCGGGCGGCUCGGUCUCUGGGUCGCCUACCUGACGCGGCGGCUCGAAGCUUCUGGAGUAGUAGGCAGAAGGGAUGACGCGGAAGCGCUGGUAGGACCCGUUGAUGAGGCGGACCGGGUCGAGGAAGGUGGCUCCGGUGCCGGUGCCGGUGACGUUGAGGCGGUAGACGCCGGUAGCCUCGAACGACCGCAGCUCGUCGGAGAUUUCCAUCUGCGGCAGCAGCGGCAAGGGUUUGGGUGGGCGUUCGUUACCCUCAAUCCGACCUCUGAAUCGCUGGUUCUUCCUUCCUUCGGUCCUGCGCGGCCGGCCGCCGCCGCCGCCGCCGCCGCCGCGGGAGAGCGCGGGCAGCCUCCCUCCACCUCAGGUAAGCGCCGCCGCCAAAUUAUAGCGCGCGCGCGGGUGUGGAGGUAGGUCAUCAGGUCAGGGAGGCACGCGCCGCCGGUUGGUUCACGUAUGGUUUCUUCAAACCAUAACUAAAUGGAAUUGUAUCGAUGUUAUCUAUCCUCGCAGCUAUGUUGCCUGGGCCAUCUAUUCCAGUGCUGUCGCAGUCUUUUCUGGUUUGGCAGCUUAUCUUAUCUGUCCUCAUCUUGGGAAGGAAAUAUAGAGCAAACCAAAUUCUUGGCUGCAUGCUUGUCACCGCUGGAGUAAUUUUAGCAGUGGCUAGUGGAGCCAAUGGUGGUCCAUUUCUAUCUGAACUCAAUUUUUUCUGGCCAGCAGUAAUGAUAGCUUCAGCUGCAUUUCAAGCUGCUGCUUCCAUUAUCAAGGAGUUUGUUUUCAUCGAUGGAGCGAAACGCCUUGAGGGAAAGCGGCCUGAUAUAUUUAUAGUCAACUCUUUUGGUUCAGGGUUCCAGGCUCUUUUCGUUUUCCUACUCCUUCCAUUUCUCUCUAACUUGAAAGGAAUACCUUUUGCUGAACUCCCUGCGUACCUAAACCGUGGUGCUGCAUGCUUUCUGAAUAUUGGAGGGAACCUAAAGGAUUGCCAUGGAGCUCCUCUGCUACCACUACUCUACAUGGCUCUGAACAUAGCCUUCAACAUUUCUGUGCUUAAUCUGGUGAAGAUGUCUACUGCUGUGGUUGCUUCACUAACAUCAACUUUAGCAGUACCUCUUACCAUCUAUGUUCUGUCACUGCCUCUACCAUAUCUACCUGAAGGGACAAAUUUGAGCACAUCUUUUAUAAUUGGUGCUGCCACCUUAGUGCUUGGGCUGCUUCUAUACAAUCUUCCUCAAAGAUCAGCUGAUCAAAUGAAGAAGGAUUAAUCUAAAUCAACAUUGUACAUGAGGAUGAUAGGAAGCUAUAGCUAUUGGUGCUCCUUCAUACAAGAAAAAAAGAAUUGCAUGAAAUGAGCGGCACAAUUUGAUGCAGAACUUCUGCUGCAAACAUUUGAGACACCACCUGGCUAACAGUAUUCCAACUUCUGCUGUCAGUUCCUUUUUGUGCGAAUGUAAGUAUGGACUACUUACAAUUUUCAUGGUUGUAUAGUGUUCGUUCUCACCAUUUUUUGUGUGUUGGGGGGGGGGGGGGGGGGUACAAGAAUGCCAUGAGUUCCUUUGUCUCAUAAUCCGUGGCUCCUUUAUAUCAACGUGAACUUGUUUUUAGUAUU